GCCAGUAGCUGUCGCAGCGGAGGUGACAUCACAAAUCUCUAACGUUAGAGGCAGCAGAAAUCUUUGCCCCCUCUGUGGACAGAGAUGACAGCAAGAGAGCACCGCGGCCAUUAGCUAAACAACAACGUGUUUUUUUUUUUUGUUUUUUUUUAACGACCGAUGCUGCUGUGUGAUUACCGCUAAUCCUCCGAACAGCUGGACGCGCUCACCACGCCUCUCUGAACGCCUUUGUCGUCUUAUGAUGGUGUCGCUAACGGACUUCAGUGAUGAAAUCAACAAUAUCGACUAUAAAUUAGCAUGAUCUGAAGUAGGCUAACUUUGACAGCCAAUGAUGGUGUGCGUCAGAGGUCAUCUCCAGCUGAUGAGACGAAGGGUGAAGCUGGACCGGGUCAGAGAACUGGGCCGACAGUACCCYGUCUUCUGUUUCCUCCUGCUGCUCCUGUUUCUGUCCACUGUGCUUUUAAAUCGGUAUAUUCACAUUAUUAUGGUGUUUUGGUCCUUCCUGGCUGGAGUCGUCACUUUUUAUUGUUCAUUAGGACCUGAGUCUCUACUGCCCAACUUCUUAGUCACCAUAAAAGCAAAAACUAAGUCAUUCCAGCAGGAGCUGUUUCCACAAGGCCAGAGCUGUGCUGUUUGUGGGAAGAUUAAAUGCAAACGACACAGACCCACUUUGUUACUGGAAAACUAUCAGCCAUGGCUCGAUCUGAAAGUUCCCUCCAAGGUGGACGCCUCACUUUCAGAGAUCCUGGAGCUUGUUUUGGAAAAUUUUGUACAUCCGUGGUACAGAGACAUCACAGACGACGAAGCGUUUGUUGACGAGCUGAGAGUGACUCUACGUUUCUUUGCGGCUGUGUUGGUUCGCCGAACACAAAAGGUGGAUGUUGCUUCACUCAUCACAAAAAAGCUUCUCAAAGUUUCCUUGAAACAUAUUGAAAUUAUUAGCAAAGCAAGGCAAAAAGUAAAAAACACAGAGUAUCUUCAACAAACUGCCCUGGAGGAGUAUGGUCCUGAUCUCCACGUGGCCCUUCGUAGCCGCAGAGAUGAGCUUCUUUACCUCAGAAAGCUGACUGAGAUGCUUUUCCCGUACAUUUUGCCACCGAAGGCUAUAGAGUGCAGAUCUCUUUCUCUCCUGAUAAGAGAAGUCUUGGCUGGUUCUGUCUUCCUUCCUUCAAUGGACUACUUGGCUGAUCCUGACACGGUGAAUCAUUUAAUAUUAAUAUUUAUCGACAAAUCUCCCCCUGAAGAAGCCACAGAGCCUUCUUCAGCCAUGGUUCCGUUUCUACAAAAGUACUCUGAUCUUCGCAACAAAAAGCCCUCAGUGCUGAAGCUGGAGCUGAAGGAAAUCAGAGAACAACAAGAUCUCCUCUUUCGUUUCAUGAACUUCCUCAAACAAGAGGGAGCUGUCCAUGUGCUCCAGUUCUGUCUCGCAGUUGAGGAGUUCAACGACAGGAUUUUGUGUCCAGAGCUGUCGGACUCUGAGAAGCUGAUGCUUCACGAAGAAGUGAAGAAGAUCUACGAGACUUACUGCUUGGACGAGAGCAUCGACAAGAUCCGCUUUGACCCUUUCAUAGUGGAGGAGAUCCGAAACAUUGCCGAGGGUCCAUAUGCAGAUGUUGUGAAAUUGCAGACCAUGAGGUGCCUGUUUGAAGCCUAUGAACACGUGCUCUCUCUCCUGGAAACUGUUUUCACCCCCAUGUUCUGUCACAGCGAUGAGUAUUUCCGUCAGCUUCUGAGAGGAGCCGAGUCCCCAACAAGYAACUCCAGGAUGAGCAGAACUAGCCUGAGUUUGGAUGACAUUCGUUCCUGGGACUGGAGCCCCGAGUCCCCGUCCUCACUCUUCACUGCCUCUGGCAGCUCUUCACCUGCAUCUUUUAACUCCCUUCAUGCCCAGUCCACGUUUACAAACUUCCCAUACGGCUCGCUCUCCCACCGCCACCCGUCGCCCAAGAACACGUCAAAGCGGGGCGAGUCCUUUGGGAUCAGCCGCAUCGGCAGUAAGAUCAAAGGAGUGUUCAAAAGCACAACCAUGGAGGGCGCCAUGCUGCCGUCCUCUGGGCUGGUGGAAGGAGAGGAUGAUAUGGUGGAAGAAGCCAUGAUGGUGCUGGAGGARGACUCCCCCAUGGAGGCCGUCUCCACCCCCAGCACUCCUCGGAACCUCUCAGCCUGGAGCAUCACCAUCCCGUACAUCGAUUUCUACGAUGACGAUGUGAAGCGGGAGAGGAUCCCUGUCUUCUGUAUUGACGUAGAGCGCAACGACCGGAAAGCAGUGGGGCAUGAGACGGAGCACUGGUCUGUGUACAGACGAUACCUGGAGUUCUAUGUWCUUGAAUCAAAGCUCACUGAGUUUCAUGGAUCUUUCCCAGAUGCUCAGCUGCCUUCCAAGAGAAUAAUUGGCCCCAAGAAUUACGAGUUUCUAACAUCGAAGCGGGAGGAGUUCCAGGAGUAUCUCCAGAGACUUCUGCAGCACCCCGAGCUGAGCAACAGCCAGCUCCUGGCUGACUUCCUGUCCCCUCACAGCAUGGAGUCUCAGUUCCUGGACAAGAUGUUACCUGAUGUGAAUCUGGGCAAAAUCAUAAAGUCAGUGCCCAGCAAACUGAUAAAAGAGAAAGGACAACAUCUGGAGCCGUUCAUCCAGUCCUUCUUCAACUCCUGUGAGUCUCCCAAACCCAAACCUAGUCGCCCUGAACUCACAAUCCUGAGCCCCACGUCUGAAAACGACAAAAAGCUCUUUAAUGAUCUCUUCAAAAACAACGCCAACCGUUCAGAAACGACAGAGAAAAGACACAAUCAGAACUAUUUCAUGGAAAUGAUCACCGUUGAAGGGGUGUAUGACUACCUCAUYUAUGUGGGUCGGGUGGUCUUUCAUAUCCCUGACUGGUUUCACCACCUGCUAAUGGGRGGCAGGAUCCUGUUCAAGAACACCCUGGAGGCCUACACAGAUUAUUACCUCCAGRACAAACUCAACCAGGUGGUCCUGGAGCACCGCCUCGUCUCGCUCAUCACGCUGCUCAGAGACACGGUUUUCUGUGAGAGCAGCUCACCGCGGUCGGCCCAGGAGAAACAGAGCAGAGCUAAGAGGACGUURGAUGAGAUGAUGAGCUAUAUUCCAGAUGUUUUAGGAAAAUGCAUCGGCGAGGAGGCCAAGUACGAAGGUGUCUGUCUGCUCUUUGACGGACUGCAGCAGCCAGUUCUUAACAAACAGCUAACAUACGUGCUGCUUGACAUCGUCAUUCAAGAACUUUUUCCUGAACUAAACAAGCAGGCACAAAAGGAGACGUCUGUGAUGGCUCCGUGGAUGUAAAACUGACACGAGUCGUAAACGUCAGCCGACAUGAAACCUUAACAUGGAGUUAACCCAAAACCCUGUUUUAAACAGUGUUUAUAUCCCGACUGAAACUAACACCCUCCCUUUAACAUAUACAGUAUCCUGGAUUAUUCAAUCAUGACGUAUGUCACUUCAAAUCUGAAAUAAAAAGUCUUUAUUUAUGUCUCA